CUUAAAAGGACGCAGGCGUGAUAUCACUUCCACCUCGCUUGGAUAUUCCUCUCAAAACACACUCGGCUUCAUGAUGUCGGCAGCUCGUGUCGCGUGCUACUGAUGACGCUGUGUUUGGAAUCCCUGAUGGUGGAAAAAGGUACAUAAAACCGAAGAUCUGCUAGAAGAAUUGUCUCCAGUACUUCUGAUAAGUUAAACCAAAAUGGGCGUGGUUCCAGUAUCAGAUAUCGACUAUGGUCAGAUAUUCGGGCCGUUUCCUUCGCAUCUGGCAAUGGCGGAUCCAGCAUAUCUUAUUGCAAUGCUUACAAAUGACAAGAGACAGGACGGUGUCAUCAUUAAGCUGGAUCUCUCAGAGCGAAAAGAAGGAAUCAAGGCAGUUGAUUGGCUGCCGUACAUUCACCCAGCCCGAAACGAGGAGGAACAAAACGUAGAAGCCUAUAUGAAGGAGGGCCAGGUGUACUACAGGACACUGCGGAUCGUGAAGGCGGGAGAGGAGCUGCUUGUUUGGUACAGCAAGGACUUCUGUCAACUCCUUAACAUCCCGGAUGUAAAACGGCACAUACCGAAAGACGAAGGCUUCAUAUGCCCUCAGUGUGGUGAAGUUUUUGAGCACGUGUUUCCAAUGAGGGCACAUCUCAAGUUUCGGUGUACUAUGAGGGCGGCAGAUAUGCGCAGUUUGAUUCAAGAUGCUUCCGCAAAACGGCACCUAGAAAUUUCAGAAUUUAGAUCCAAAGAGAGAGUUGUCUCGGACAAUUAUAAAUGUGAAACAGAUUUAUUAAGAGACAGCAUUCCGAAUCGGUCUGGAGACAGUCCUGACUCGAUUCCACUAGAACUUUCCCCAAGGAGAAAAGACAUUUCAGAAUCUCACACUUCACGGAAACGACAUUCAUCAACAAACAUUUCUCCACCUGAAAAGAAAAGUUGUACGGAAAGUAAAAGUUCUGUGUCUUCGAUGAACAGGGAUAUUGACGUUGAGCGAUUAUCCCCCCCUACCACAAAACGCAAUGACUUUGACAAUCACUCUGACGGAGCAAGUGCAUUUAGGAAAGUGGAAAAAUCUAUGUCACCAGUACAAGAACAAUUGUCACCAAUUCAUCAUCCAGUCUCAUCUAGUUCCGUGUCUCUGUCAAAUAGAAUGUCUGUGCAUAAUGCUAUUCGAGGCCCAAGUAUGUCCAUGGCGUCAUCAACUGCGACACAUCCGGCUGCGCGGGAUGCUAUGCAACAGAGUCAGCUGCUUGGACUAUAUAUGCCCCGUAUUCCGUUGAUGCCACAGCUCCCCCUAUCGGCCAAUCUGGCGGCAUCAACAGCCAUGUAUGCAGAACGGACACCUGUUCGUUUUGCGGAAAUGUGUCGAACCCAGGCACCAGGGCCUCUGACAGAGAGCUUUGCAAAUGUGAGAAACAGUGACAGUAACAGCGAACUUUUUGUCAAACAACAACAGUUACUGUUUGCGGAAAGGGCAAGCAUGAGUUAUCCUGCAUAUUUGAAAAGUCAGAACCCGAUGGUGGAAAAAAUGAUUCACAGUGGGACGAAUCCCACUCAGAUCAAUUCUCCCGUCGCCGCGAUGGACCUGUCACAGAACUGGUGCGCCAAGUGCAACGCCACCUUCAGAAUGACUAGUGAUCUCGUCUAUCACAUGAGAUCUCAUCACAAACGAGAGUUCGACCCGGUGAAGAAGAAGCGUGAUGACAAGCUGCGGUGUAACAUUUGUAGCGAGACUUUCCGAGAGCGGCACCAUUUGACGAGACACAUGACGUCACACGUAUAGAACACGCUUAGACGCUGUUAUAGAUUAUGCUUAUAUACUGCAGCUGCUAAGGUGUAAACUAUGAGUGGAUAUAUAUGCGUCAUCUCGCGUUAGUCUGUCCAUUCUAGGCUUGUGUUACCAUGUCUUGUCCCGAUAUUUCAAGUGGUUAUCGUAGAAUUGUAAUUAUCGUUCUAUUAAUAGGUUGGACUAAAACGACAGAACGUUAUAAGGUAUGUGUCGCGGUACUUUGUUCGUUAGACAAUACCUAUGACGAUACACUAUGAGUAAAAAUGAUGAAAUGUUAAUUUUGAUAUAACAAAGACAGACAAAAGUUGUUUGCAUGUAUUAAGAAAACUUAAACACGCAACGAGCUUAAAUAAUGGACCACGAAUGACAAAGCCGAAAUGUCAAACAAUAUCAGUCUAUGAACCAUCCAAACAAUUCUCAAGACGACACAUAGCAAUACAGAAGUAAGUCUAUAGUAUCACCGGUGAUGAAGUCGAUCGUUUCAUACCUAGUAAGGGACCGGUAAUUUAUUACGAGGGAGGUUUCAGAGGUUUUUCAUGCACUAAUGUACUGAAAAUAAGGACCCUCCCCUAAAGGUUGUCAUAUGAUGACCCUCUCCAUGUCCUUGUACAUGUCCUUCCUGACCCUCCCCUAAAAGACAAAAUGCAAAAGCACUAUAUAUUGUAUUAUCGAUGUCAAUUUUUUCUUGACCCUUCCAAAUUAUGUGUAUUAUUUUUUAUGACCCUCCACUAGAGAUUGUCAUAUUUUUUCAGUGUCCCUUCCCUGAUUCCCACUUACUUUUAAUAAAUUACCGGUUCCUAAAAUUACACGUGCCAAAAGAACAUAGAAUAUGAACGUCGCAUCGAAAAAAACAUAAGCAAUGGCUUAUUGGUUAAAUGCUUAAAUCAACAUUCCAGCUUCCCUUUCAUGUCUCGAGUGGUCAUUUAUUCGUUAUGACGUGCAUGUGUAUUUUCAACUCACGUUAUGAAUUCAUUCGGAAAAUAUAGAAGCAAUAUAUUUUGUUGAGAAAAUGACAUAUUUCGUUAUUAUAUUAAAUGUAGAAAUUAAAUAUAUUUAUGUUGAUGUUCUGCUGUUGUGCAUUAUUAUGAUACACUGCACUUUGAAAUAAUUAGUUACGUCAUGAUCUGCGGUAUCAGCUUUGAAAUUGCUCUAGGAAGUUAAGUUGAUUAGCCCCCGACAAUUUGAAUGUCCCCGUAGGAGACUAGUGGAACCUUGUGUCCGGUGUCGUGUCCUGUAUAACACUGUCCACGCUGCCGUAUGAUGUGAACUUGCACUAAUAUAACAGCUAUUAUAGACAUGUUACGUGGUUACAAUAAAAUUGUAUA